AUGGAGACGCCCAUCCAGCGCGAAAUCCGCCGCAGCUGCGAGCGCGAGCAGAGCCUGCGCCGGAGCCGGGGUCUGAGUCCCGGCCGUGCCGGCGAGGAACUCAUCGAGUUGCGCGUGCGGCCGGUGCUGAGCCGGCCCGGCCCCGGCCCCCAGCUGCCGCGCGCCCUGGAGCGCGCUCGGGCGGGCGCGAAGAUGCAACGGGACAUCGAACGCGAGGCUCACAGGCAGGCGGCGCUGGCGAGUCCCGCGGCUCCGCAGCCCGGCGCCCGGCGGCGGCCACAGCCGCUGGACGAACUCAAGCGCUUCUUUGAGGCUGCAGCGGAGGACGGCGGGGGCUUGCAGCAGCGGCCUGAGGCGGGAGGCCGGCCACACCCCGCCGUUCAGGACGGCUGCCCGGCGCUGGGGCAGUCGCCGCCGCUUGUUUCCCUGUCACUGCUGGAGCAGGAGGUGCGCCAGGUGCGCGAACGCGAACGGGAGCUGCAGUUGCAGCGGCGCAGCAUCUACGGGGCCGCUGAGGUCCAGGAGCCAGCGCCAAGCCUCACCCCGAGCAGGGGAGACGGAAAGUUGGCGGUGAUCUGGCCCCCGCGGAGACGGGCCUCGGAGAACGGCCUGGAGAAGUAGGAGCGUAGACCCUGAGGGCUGCGAAGGCUGGCACACACGUCCAGAAGUGACGAACCCUUUAAAGAACCAGGGUAGAGGUACCCUCCGGAUCAGCAGAAGGCCUGGAGAGGGAGGGGCCAGCCCUCUUCAGUGGCAACUUGAAAUCCUGCCCAUCCUUGAUACUGACUAUGGAAUUAACCACCUUUCUCCAUUAAAAUUGUUUAGUCUUCGCUGGAAAACUAACAACCACCCGCAAAACCUGUAAGUGAAACACAAAAUAAAGCCCCCCACCCCUUUCCUGGGCUUUAAUGCAAGCUGUUUUCUCCCGGAACCUCCUUAGUCUGGGUGGAGCGGGAGCUGGGCGGGUGAAGGACUCCCAGGAAAGCCACCAGAGGGUCGCCGCGGAAUGUUGGAAAUGCGCUCCUCUCUGUUCCCGGCUGCCGGCUAACCCGGGACUGGAGGCCGGGGCCAUACUGCCCCCUGGUGGUGCGAGUGCAAUGUUGCGCACCGGCCGGUAGACUCCACUUUGGGUCUCCAGAUCUCAGCUUUUAGUGGCGCCAAAGGUCCUGUGCUCAGCGCGCUACUAGAAAGAGGUGCUGUGCAAUUGUCCCUCCUCUAGGGAAAUAGAACACUAGUGAAAAAUACCAGUGGUGGUCUGGAGAGACGAUUCAGGGUAAAGAGUGCUUGCUACUCCUGUAAAUAACCUGAGUUCAGUUCCCAGCAUCCACAC